AUGCCACAAGCAGGUGCAGUGUACACGAACCUGAAAAAAGGUGACACUGAUGCUGAGAGUAUAUCCAAUUGCAGUAGUAAUGUGGUUAGUGUCUCAUCCUCUGUCGCAGCAGCGUUAAGCUUUAGAGGAAACAAACUACAAGAUGGGAACAAAGAGUUAAAUAAUUUGCUAGAGUCGCAGUUUGAGAUAGGGGACGCCCUGCGGUUGACAGAAUAUCAAGGGGAUAGAGACACGACAGAUCUUGAAAGUGCCGCUUCUCCCGCAGCGUACGAUCUAGAUGAUACGACCACACUAAACAAAGUAUUCACAAACAAAUCUACCGGAGAGCUGGAACUGCCUCUCGAUAAAGGAUAUGGAUGGGUCGUUGUGCUUUCCGUGUUCCUGGCAAUGUUUAUUACAUGGGGGUGCAACUCUGCCUUUGGGGUCUUCCUAUCGUUCUUCUUGUCACACGGCACGUUUGACGGGGCCACGAAGUACGACUACGCGAUUAUUGCUGGCUUGCCAGUUGCAUUGUGUCAAGGGCUCUCGUCUUUAUCAAUGAUGAUGAUGAGGGUUAUUGGAGUCAAGCUAACGAUGUUAAUUGGCACGGUCAUUAUGCUCGCAGGGUACCUAUGGGCGUCUUUCGCUACACAUUUAUGGGAGCUAUAUCUGACUCAGGGAGUCAUGAUUGGUAUCUCGAUGGCAUUGGUGUCUAUGCCCCCUGCGGCAUGUCUACCAGGAUGGUUUUUGAAGAAAAGGGCAGUGUCCAUGGGGCUAUCGUUGCUAGGUACCGGUAUAGGUGGUGUUACAUUUGGACUAGCGGCCAAUAAAAUGAUUUCUGAUUAUGGUGACACUAGAUGGUGCUACAGAAUGCUAGCGAUUACAUGUACUGGGGUUUCCUUGAUUGCGAUUGUCCUAGUAAGGGAGAGAAUUCCAAUAAAACCGACAGGACUGAGAAGUAUAAAAAAUAUGAGAAAAGCUGCUUCGAAUUAUGUAGAUGUCAAGAUCAUGAAGCUCCCCACCGUUCUUCUUAUUUGCGCCUGGUUUAACUUAGGGAUUUUUGCUUAUUCGUUGAUGAUUUACACUUUAGCAUCAUACGCUGUCGCGCGUGGAAUGAGCCAACACCAAGGCUCUAUAUUAACUGCACUGCUAAACGUUGGCCAAACUGUCGGGAGACCCGCCAUAGGUCUGAUUGGCGACCGGUACGGCCGUUACAACGUAAUUGUAGUGCAUACAUUUCUGUUGACCGUCUACACAUUUGCAUUUUGGAUUCCUGCAACCACUUUUGUACAGCUGAUAUUCUUUGCUCUUAUGUGCGGGUUCUCAGUAGGUGUUUCCAAUGUUAUGAACUCUGUCGUCAUCUCAGAUAUUAUGCCACCAGAGCAGGUGCUACCCACCUGGGGGUUUGUGAUUUUCACAGGGACUGGUCCGCUUCUAGUGGUAGAGCUUAUUGCACAGGCGCUUACCCAACCGGGCAAAUCAAACCCUUACAUUCAUACCCAAAUCUUUUCUGGGUUCUGUUUCUUCACAAGUUUUGUUUUGAGUUUGGUGCUAAAAGAGCGUUCUGUUAGAGUCAGAACCAAAGCUAAGCUACAAAAAGUGAUGGACCAGAUAGACGUCUCAUCUUCAAUCACGAAAGAGUUUGACAAAGUUUCCGAAAGACAAAAGAACUUAGAGAGUAGGAAGGUAAAAUACGAAAAGAUUCUGCAGGAUGGCAUCCAGCCAUAUUUCAAAAGGGCCGUUUUCCCAUGCAAUACGUAA